GUUAGUUUGUUCUUAUAAAGAUACAAUGAAUCGAAAAGAUGAAUAUGAUUCUUAUGAGAUUGAGGAACCAAGCGAUGAAGAGAGAGCUGAAAGCAGCUCCGAGGAUGAACUGGACAUACUCCUUCACGGAACCCCUGAUCAGAAGAGAAAACUCAUCCGAGAAUACCUCACAGGGGAGAGUGAGUCGUCCAGCGGAGAUGAAUUUGAAAAGGAGAUGGAGGCAGAGCUGAACUCCACUAUGAAAACAAUGGAAUGCUCUUGGGCGCCUUUAUCGCAAGGGGGAACUUCUGGAGUCGGCGACAGCACUGCAGCGACUGCCUCACGUCAGCCUCAGCAGUAUGACAGCAUUUACUUUGACUCGGACUCAGACGAGGAAAACAACGCAGGCUGCUCCCAGAGUCAGAAGAGGAAACUGCGCUGUGUACUCAGUAACGAUGAAUUACUGUACGACCCCGACGAAGACGACCGGGACCAGGCAUGGGUGGACGCCAAAAGAAAACAGUACAGAAGCAAUCGGAGAAGGCCUGGCACUGCUGCAAACAGAAGAAGCACCUCUCAGGCUCUCCCAAACAGUGACGCCGUCCUCAACUGCCCUGCGUGUAUGACCACUCUUUGUUUGGACUGUCAGAGACAUGAAAAAUAUCGAACGCAGUACAGAGCAAUGUUUGUCAUGAACUGCACGGUCAAAAAAGAGGAAAUUCUGAGGUAUAAAAAGAACAACAACAAAAAACAGAAGAAUCGACACAAGAGGAAAGGUCAUCAGGACUCCGGUUCCACAGAGAUGGAUGUGACAGCCUCAGGGCCUGCUGGUAUGGAUGAAGAGGAGACAUAUCACCCAGUCCAGUGUACAGAGUGCUCCACAGAAGUGGCCGUAUACGACAAAGAUGAAGUGUACCAUUUCUUUAACAUUUUAGCAAGUCACAGCUAAAGUCCUGAGGAUUUUUAGGAGUCCUGAAUUGUCUUUUUUGCUUUUCCAAGGUGUCCACGUUUUACUCAUGACCUUGAAAAAUCCCACUUAAAAGCCUUGUGUAAGAUAUUGGACUGGCAGAGGACUUUUUUUUUGUUUGUUUGUUUUCUUUUGCAAUGUUAGAGGAAGAAUGUCUGAACCAUUCCUACAGCAUUUUUCCACUGAGACAUUCACAGUACAAUAAAUGCAGAUUUACUCAUGCUGUCCUUUGGUUCACUAUAUUAAAUGCAUACUAACAGGUCUCCUCCCCAUGAAAGACAGAAAUGUUUAAACUCAUUUUGUUGAGCAUUUAUACUUAAAGUGAAGCUGUACAGCACAUGGACAUUUAUUUUGCCU